GUUCUUGUCUUUCAGUGUUGGAAGGGAUAACCCAACUCCCCUCUCUCUCUCUCUCCCCCCUUCCUCUUCCUCCUCAUCCACCCAAUCCCUAAUCCCCUCUCUCUCCUCCCUCCCUCCCUCCCUCUCUCUCUCUCUCUCUCUCAACCUACUCAACCCAACCCAACCAUGGCAAUUUCAGCGACCACCACUUCACCAAAACUCAUAUAUCCACUUCACUACUCACUUUCCCAACCCUCCUCCGCCACUGCCACUCUCCUUCCCAAACCCACCAACGUAAAAACCCUUUCCUUCGCCUCCACCACUUUCUUGACAAACCCACCACCAGCCCUAUCCCGCCGCUCCUUCACUGUGCGGGCGGCGAGGGGCAAGUUCGAGCGUACGAAGCCCCACCUCAACAUCGGCACCAUCGGCCACGUCGACCACGGAAAGACGACCCUCACCGCCGCCCUCACCAUGGCCCUCGCCGCCAACGGUAACUCCGCCCCCAAGAAGUACGACGAGAUCGACGCCGCCCCCGAGGAGCGCGCCCGCGGCAUCACCAUCAACACCGCCACCGUCGAGUACGAGACAGCGAACCGGCACUACGCCCACGUGGACUGCCCUGGACACGCCGACUACGUUAAGAACAUGAUCACCGGCGCCGCGCAGAUGGACGGCGCCAUCUUGGUCGUCUCGGGCGCGGACGGACCCAUGCCCCAGACUAAAGAACACAUUCUCCUUGCCAAGCAGGUGGGUGUUCCUAACAUGGUUGUUUUCCUUAACAAGCAAGAUCAAGUAGAUGAUGAGGAGUUGCUUGAAUUGGUUGAGUUAGAAGUGCGUGAUCUUUUGUCUUCUUAUGAGUUCCCUGGUGAUGACGUGCCUAUUAUUUCUGGCUCAGCACUUUUAGCGUUAGAGGCUUUGACAGCAAACCCUAGUAUCAAAAGAGGGGAAAAUGAAUGGGUUGACAAGAUAUAUAAGUUAAUGGAUUCUGUUGAUGAGUAUAUCCCUAUCCCGCAAAGACAGACUGAAUUGCCAUUUUUACUAGCUAUUGAGGAUGUUUUCUCAAUUACGGGUCGUGGGACCGUGGCCACGGGAAGGGUCGAGAGAGGGACGAUUAAGGUCGGAGAAACGGUUGAUAUUGUCGGUUUGAAGGAUACUAGGACCUCAAUUGUGACCGGGGUUGAGAUGUUUCAGAAAUUUCUAGAUGAAGCUAUGGCUGGGGAUAAUGUGGGGCUGUUGUUGAGAGGGUUACUAAGGGAUGAUAUUCAGAGAGGGAUGGUUUUGGCUAAACCUGGGAGUAUUACUCCCCAUACCAAGUUUUCAGCCAUAGUUUAUGUGUUGAAGAAGGAAGAGGGUGGGAGGCAUUCGCCCUUUUUCGCAGGGUAUAGGCCGCAGUUCUUUUUUAGGACUACUGAUGUGACGGGGAAAGUGAUGGCUAUCAUGAACGAUAAGGAUGAGGAGUCGAAGAUGGUUAUGCCAGGUGACCGUGUCAAGAUGGUGGUUGAGCUUAUAAUGCCUGUGGCAUGCGAGCAAGGGAUGAGGUUUGCUAUCAGAGAAGGGGGGAAGACCGUUGGAGCUGGAGUUAUUCAGUCCAUUAUUGAAUGAGCACAAACUCCAAUUCAGUAUGAGUACUUCUUCAUUAUUCUCAUUUUUCCAAUGUUUCUAUUAACUUAAAUGCAAUCCCAAUGUUAUAUGAUUUCACAUUUCCGAAAGUUUUUAUCUUUGGCUGUAUGUCCCAGUUGCUAGUUUUAGUUGGAUGGAUUUUAGUCAUGAUGUAAUGUGAUUACUUUUCCCGCACAUUGACUCAGAUGUUGUUGAGCUAUAGACCACCAAACUUUCAUA